GCCCACCCGGCCCUGAAGCUGACAAGGCAUGGGAGGAGCUUGAAAAACCAUUCAUGCUCAGGUUCUCCGAGGUUGAGAUGAACCGGAUGCAGAAGACGUCGCUCGCUCUCAAAGACGGAAGUGGAUAUAUCGGUUAUCUGGAGUCCUUCCAUAUGCUCCAUUGUGUCGCAAAAGAGUGCUUGGAAGUCCCAGUACAUGGAUCACUACGGUAGCGGACAUUCGACCAAGCCUGGCCACCUAGCUCAUUGUCUCAAUGUCCUGAUCCAGGGAAUCAUGUGCAACGCAGACAUAUCGAUCGGAAC